CUGCAGCGUGACUAAAGGGCCAGGCCUUCGCAGUUGCUGCCUGAGAACCCGCUGGCCCAGGCCUGAGGCAGGACAGAGCCUGUGGUGACCCGGGGCACGGAAGAGCGACGAAAUGAUCAGCCAGAAGACCAGCCAAUCCUUGGGAGUGAGGGUGCAGUCGGAGCUUGAACGGCCCUCCGAACUGCGGCAGGAACCGGAGAAGCAGCUCAGCUCAGCUUAUAGGAUGGCCACAGGGACCGAAUCAAGUGUGCGCACCGAGUCGGCAACCGCGGCAUCGGCCUCUAGGGAAGUGGAUGAAGAUCUUGGAACCAACUUGUUCCCGCCGCCGCUGCCCCGACCCCGAAUCUGCAUGUGGAAGUACUUGGACAUCCAUUCCAUGUACCGGCUGGAGAAGACCACCAACGUUGAGGAGAUGAGGAAGGUGCUGGCUGAACUGUUAGAGCUAGGCUGUCCUGAGCAGAGCCUGCGGGAUGCUAUCACCCUGGACCUCUUUGCCCACGCACUCAUGUUCUGCCGCCAACAGGGCUUCUCAUUGGAGCAGACAUCAACGGCUUGUGCCCUGCUCCAAGAUCUUCACAAGGCUUGUGUUGCAACCCCCUUGGGCAACGUGGAGGAAUGCUACCGCUACUUUACCAGUGUUCUUUUUUGCCAUGGAGUCAGGCGGCCCCCAUUCAGCAUUGACCUCUUUAAAGAGGAACAGCUGCUGGCCCUGGCAGACUAUGUGGUCAACACCUAUUUCCGCCACUUCAAGCUCUACAAAUAUGUCUUCACACCCCAGGUAAUGGGCCAUGGACUACAAGAGGCCAGCCCUCAUAUCUCCCUUUCCCACAGUUCAGGUACCCUCCUCUCAGCUGCUCUUCUUUUUUCCCAGGUGCGGCUGGAUCUAUCUUUGACUUACAUGGGGCUACAGUCACCCAAGCUCUGGCCAGAGGACAAAGAAGAAAGCAAGGAAGUGCAGGAGCAGGCAGUCACCCCACAUGAGGAGGAGCUGGAGACAGUGGCACAGCCAGAGCAAGAGCCAAACGAGGUCCACAUCCUCCGAACCUAUAUCAAGACCCAGCUGAAUAAGGAGCUGGGGCAGCUCCACGAGCUGGUAGAGGAGAGGCUCAAGGCCAGCGAGGAAAGACUCAACAGCAAAUUGACUGCACUAGAGCGGCCCUUCCAGCUACCUCCAAGCAAAAGCAAGAACAAGACUAAGUGAUCCUCAGCA